AUGAAAGUAAGUAGUACUUUCGGAACUUUUCAGGUAGCGGACGAUGAAAAGCAAAAUCCCUUCGCGGACACUGCAGGCUCCGCUUCCGAGGGCGAAGCAAUCGCCUUGCAGCGACGAAAAGCCAACGGCUUGCUGGACGAGGAGAGCGACCCAUUCAGUGACGAGAACGAAGAUGCCCUCGUCCGUCAGCUCGCGACGGAGACGUGCUGCGUCUGCACGACGGUGCACCGGGAACUGUUGGAAGACGGAACUGCGCCCGGACGGCAGCUCGCCGCGUCUUCCACCACCGCCACAUGUGCCUCGGACCCGCCAGCGACGGUGCGGCUGCGGUUGCGGAAACUGGCCGUCGCAGCCUCGACCACGACCAACACCACGGUCACGACGGCAGAGCCACUCACCAUCGAGGAAAUCGAACAUUUGGUCUUUCCGAAGUACAGCCAGUGUCCGAUGGGCACGGGCAACAGCACGUCCUCGCGGAUGCUGCAGGAGGUCGAGGGGAACGGGAUGAAGCAGGCGGAUUUGGAGUUUCAACGGGCGGUUUUCUUGAAUCUCAUCGACCUGGAUGUUGUGAGUGCGGACGAAGAUCAUGACCAGGGUACUAAAAAUGAAGACUCAAAAAAUGCCGAGCACAGGAUUUUGUUCCCGGAACACCAGGCAAUUGUCUCUGCUGCUGCUGCUGCUGGCGGCGGUUCUGUUGUGGAAGAGAGUACAACUCCUUCGACUGGUCCCUCCGGGGAAUUACUACUUGCAAGCAGAAGUCUUGCAGUUGCUGCAUCGUCCAGCGCGACUGCCACCACCACGGCGCCGCCCGACCGUUGCUGCUGCUGCCCAGGUUUUACUCCGAUGACGGGAGGGCCGAGUGGUGGUGGUGGUGCCGCGCACCGUCGAACUGCGGUGAAUACCGAUGAUGAAGAUCCUGCAGCAGAUGAAAGAUCUCCUGGCGAGCUGAUCCACUUCGGAACCGAGGGGAAGUACAGGGUUGAAACGCGGUUUCUCGCCGCUACGGCGGAUGCGAAAACCAAUCGCUGCGAGUGCGGGUCCGAACUGAAACGGCACAUCGCCUGGACCGCGCCCUUGCACGAGUACCGAGUCUACUUGAAUGAUACGUUCAACGACCCGAUGAUGCCGCACAUGGGGUACUACCAGCCCAAACACAAGUUUCCCUACAUGCAAUCCGCGAUUUUGGACACCCUGAUUUACCAAACGCGGUACCAGCUCAUGCUGUUUCCGCCCGCGGUAUCAAAUGUAAAAAUGUCUGGGUCUGGAAGAGUCCGAGACUUGUCAUGCUGUUUUUGCAUGACACAGAAUGUCUGUCAUGGAAGCCCUAGCAUCACAGAUUUUUAGAGGCCUUCCUGAUGCCUAUUCCGCAUGACAAAUGCCCUCCCCGCGUAGCACAAACUGGGCUCCUCUUGCUGGUCAUGCAAUACAGACUUUUUUAGAGUCCAAAGUUAGCAUCACAAGUUCCAACCUUCCAGACCCAGACAUAUUUGCAAUGCAUACGCGGCCUACAGCAGCAAGAUUUCCGACCCGAUGGCCUACAACCUGGACAUGGACUUUAUGGCGUUCUCAAAUGUUACAUUCUCAACUGUUACAUAAAUUUGCAAUGCAAGAACGGCAAAAGUGAAAGGAGGAAGACUGCGCCUUUUGCAUUACAGAUCUGGCACAGAUUUAGAUGCUGUUGUGUUUAGCCCUUCGGAUAUUUGUCAUGCGAAGCAGCUUAAUCGUGGCGAUCUUGGUGGCAAAUUUCAGUUGAGAAUGUAACAAUUGAGAACGCCAUGGACUUCACGCACGGCGGGUUCGGCCAGGACGCCCCGAAGGUCGUCGAUUUGUACGACUGCGUGGACCGCGACCACCACGAAAGCUCCAGCUACGACGAACGGAUCGAUACGGAGGGCUACGACUUCCACGGGGAGAAGGUGUACGCGCGGUUUGCCAACACCGGCGGAACGCAUUCCGGCCGCAACAUCGAGGCCGACUGGUGGCGGAUCGGGUGGGUGGAUUUGCAGACGCACAAGGUAACGGUGUCCACCAUGGUGUACACCCAGAUGGCGGAGAUCUUCACGAGUGUCGCCGUGGAAUUUGAAAUAGACGAAGCGGGGAACGUGAUUGGGCUGACGCGGUUGAUGUCCUACGUCGACUUGGACGACUACGGGACCAAGGGGUGGUUCAUCUUCAGCAACGUCAUGGUGAUUGUUUUCGUCUCCAUGGGCGUGGUGCACAGCGUGUAUCUGAUCACGUGCGGCACAAAGAUGACGGUGUCGCUUUGGUACGAGCUGGCCAGUCGGGCGUUCAUGUUGUUCUUCAACCUGUGGCUGCUCAUCGGAUUUCUGGGUAUGUAAGAAAUCAGAGAUUUUUGUGUGGCUCUUCAAAGGUUCUUAGUACUUGAUACUUUCACCAUUUUGCUGCACUUUGAUCUGCUUGUAGAAAAACUAACAUUAGGACAGCGAUGCAAAAUAUGCAAAGUUGUCCUUGUUGGCCCGAAAAAAGCAAAAUAAAAAUUUGAAAAAUCAGGUCUGAAGCCGAUGAAGGAGGAAUACAACGAUUUGAUGACGACUUUUUUCACCCUCCACGACUUUUCCUACAAGGGUUUGAUUGGUUCGAUCCAGCACUUUUUGGUCGUGAAGGACCACGUGUACGAGGAAAACGACUUGAUUUUUCUGUAUCGCAAAGUUGCGUUUGCGGUCACGUUGGUCUCUUUCCUGCAGAUGAUCCAGUACCUCAACGUCCACCCCCGCGUGGCGACCUUGACGUCCACCAUUUUGAAGUCCAUCGACGAGAUGGCGCAUUUUUUCAUCGUGUUCGCGAUCCUGUUAUAGCGGCGGCAAAAGCUUAUUUUUGCGAAAAUUAAAAAAAAUAUUGGGUGGCUUUAUCGUGGGCCUCGCAGCCCAGCCGAAUCAUCACGCUUCUGGACUCAGGACGGCGUAAGACCCACGCCAGCGCAGCGCUUACCAAGUUUGCCCUGCCGUGCUGCCGCAAAGUCAAACACAUCACACCACCGCAGAACCCCUUUCAGAAGGCGCGAGAGGUCGCGUCAGCUUCAACGCUCGCGCACGCCAGGGCGGGCAUCGUGGGCAGGGAGCCGGGUCCGUCGUUGACCCCUAGACGGGCCAAUCCUGCCAGGUCUGCGCCGCUCCAAAUUUGGGCGGGGCAGGCGGCGGCCCGGCAGGCGCGGCCGAAUCUGGCCAAGCCAAAGGCACGGCGUGAUAUGGAAUGGGCGAGCGCCUUGCGCCUCACCAGAUGCCCCGGGGCCAUGCUCCUGCGCCCCGGUUAGGCGGCAUCAUCGGGCGCAAUGCCCAUCCCUGAUUGCCCGGCGAGGUGCCGCAAAACCCCUCGGCUGCCGCCCACGACCCCUGCUCGGGCGACCGCAAUUCCCCAAUUGCGCGACGCCCACCCUGUUCAAGCAGCCCCAUUUCUGCAAAGCGGGCAAAAGCGUGGCUCCAUCCCAGCCAAGGCGCCUGCGGUUUGGUUACACCUUCCAAGCCACCCCCUAGCGCGCCUCCGCCAAUUCGCGGGAUUCCUUGCAAGAACUACCCGGCGGCAUUUCGGAUAUCAAUUUCGCGGAAAACAACCGCCCGGCGACACUGCCAGCACGCUUGGAGGCUAGAGCACAAGCGCCGCAGCCCUUGGCAGCACGGCGGGGCAACCGGGCCCCCCUUUUUGCAGGUGGGGAACUGAUCAGGCGGCCCGCGCAAGGGGGGCCCGACCGCGGCGCGCCGUGCUCUAGCGGCCCCAACACGGGCGGACGGCAACCCGAAAAGCCCUCUCCGCUGACCGCCGUGCCUUGAGCCGAUUUCCUGAAAAACAAACGGCGGAAAGCAUUGGGCCUGGCGCCGCCGCCCCACUGUUUUCCCGGCCCGAGCCGAAGGCCACAGCGCUUGCGCAGUAGGUAAGGCGCAGAGGCGCGCGGCGCCCGGGCCCCUUUUAGAGGAUGCCGAAAACACCAGGACCGCCACGGCCGCCUUACCCUUUCGGCGCGCCGCGCUGCCAACAUAGCGAAGCCGGCCAGCCGGCAAUGCAGGGCGGGCGCGGAUCAAUUUCCCGGGGAAAACACUGCCGGCAUGCUGUGGGCCGUGCUUUUUGUCGCUGCUUUUCUUCGGCCAGACCGCGGGGCGCAUGGCGCCAAAACCAGAAGCCAGCGCGCGUGGGGCGCCCGGAUCGCCGGCGCUCUUGUUUGCCGGGGCAAUCGGGGCCACGCUUCCGGGCAGCUGCGGAACCCCGCGGCCGUUGCGGAGUGCACGUGGGGCGCGUGCUGCGUGGCCGCCCUUGCCGCCGCUGCUUUCCCACUCUGGGGUCUCCUCGGCCCCCCCGGACGGGGGGGCCCGGAUAGGGUCCUCAAAAGUGGCCCUAAGCAAGAGCGAUCCCGCAUGCUAUGGACCCACUUUGGGGGGGUGCCUCUUUAGCCUCUCCCGGAAGGUGUUUCCAGUUGCCCGGCCCGCAUUCCCGUUGGGAAGCCUCCCAGCCGAAGCUCCGUCGUAGCGACAGGCUUGCCACUUGGGUUCGGGCUGUUCGGCGCGCGCCGUUCCACGAAAACCUUGUCCAUUUAAGGCGGCCAGCUUCCGGACUGUCGGAAGAGAGGGCCCAACAAGUUCGGCUCAGGUUGCUCCCCCUCCUAUUGCUGCCGGCGCAUGCUCGGGUGGGGGAGGGGUUUUCCCCCGUUUGGCGCGACCGGGCCCCCGGCGCUUCCCUGGGUUUCCGCGGGCGGGCGGGCUAGGGACACGACUCGGAGAUAACACGCAGAAGGGGUGGGCGGCCGUUUCUUCGCGAGCAGGCGCCGCCUUCCUUGGCCGUGGGUGCGCAUCUGCGUCGCCCUAUCCUUGGCCCUCUUUGAAGGUGCCCGACUGGGCGCAGUCGGUCGGACUGGUCGAGCGGGUAGUGUUCGGCCACGUGCUUUGUCCCGAUCCGAGUACGGCGCGGCAAAAAGGAAAGGGACAGGGCUGGCGGCGCUUUUGGCGGUCAAUGAGGCCCUCCUGGCCUGGCUUACUCUGCGAACGCCCACUGCCCUUGCGAGGCAUAACGCACGCAGGAGAGGCAGCCCGCUUGGUGCCGUUUCAUGCCCCCCAAAAAAAGGCAAAGGCCCCGCGCUUUGGGGGUGCGCCGGGCGGCGGGCAUUCGGUCGGGCCAAUCGCUCGCCACGCCCCCUCCAGGUGCCGGGGCGGGAGUGAAACCUGCGCAGCGACCAAGAGUUUCCGCCCCUCCAGCCCGGAGUUUGGUUGCGGUACUCCGGGAGCAGGCGCUCUGCCUCCCAGGUUUCAAAACGGGCGCGGCUUUUGGCCGCCGCGCGUUUCCGGGGCUUUUUUCAUGUUCUCCAGCAAGUGCGGUGACCCUUUCGCGGCCCCUCUGAAACCCCGGCGCGCCAGGGAUCGCCCCUCCAAGGGCCAGCCGCCAGAGCCGGUAGAAAAGCUGUAAGAGCCGCCGGGCGACGCUUCAGAAAGGCCUGCGGGAGGCGGAAAGCGCAAAACCCUAGCAGCCCGGGGCGCGUUCUUAUUUUCUCGUGGCCAUUGCUCGAGGCCUUUUCACAAGCCUGGCAAGGGAAUGUUUCUCCUCGCCACAUCUCCCCCGCCCAUCCUGCUGCCCGGCGCGCUGCCAAAACACAUAUGCGAGGCCACUGGCAAGCAUGCCACCAGGGCCCGCGUGCCGGCGGCUCCACUACUAUCGGCGCAGGUCUCGGCGGGGCAUCGAGCCAGAGCCCGGGCCCGCGAGUGCAGUGCACUUCGUAAGGCCCAACCCCCCGGCCCUAUCAUUUCUGUCAACCAGGCGCCUGACCAUCUUUUUCUCCGAUCAAUUCCAACCGCGGCUGCACAGGCGUCGCAGCCGAGCAUGCUCGACACACGUUGCGAUGGUAGUGCUCUUCGCGGCCAGUAUCUAUGACACCCAAUGUUUUUUUUAAUUUUCCAAAAAAUAAGCUUUUGCCGCCACUAUACCUGUUAUGGAUUGCAAAAAUGUCUGGGUCUGGAAACUUGUAAUGCUGCGUUGGGAAUAAUGAAUGCUCUGUAAUGCAUAGCCAAGCAUGAGAAAUAUCUGUGCUGCUUUGUGUUGCAUUUUUCGCAUGACAGCCUGGGUUUUUGCAUGACAGGCAAAAGUGCUUCUUCUUGGACACGCAUCACAAACUUUUUGGUCAUGCCAGGCAAGCACGACAAAUCUCGCAAUCUUCCAGACCCAGACACUUUUGCAAUUCAUACCUGUUCGUGGUGAUGGCGUUCAUCGGGCAUUGGCAGUUCGCAUCGAUGCUGCCCGCGGACUUUGGGACCUUCGGCCGCGCCGUGGAGUGGCAGUUUCGGAUGAUCAUCGGCGACUUCCCCUUCGACGGGUGGAUCGAGUUGGACACCACGCAGCAGUUGAUGUACUGGCUGUACCUGAUAUCCACAGUAAAUUUCCCGUACACGACGUACAAAUGCAGUCUCUGCACGACAAAACUUGCCUUCAAUCCUAGUCUAGCAUGACGAAUUGGACACUGCAAGUUAGCGAAAUUUGUCAUGCAUUUUGUACAUGUACGAGAAAUUUACAUUGCAUACCUGAUUCUGUUCGCGCUCAUCAUGUUCCUGACCAUGAUGAACUUCUUCCUUGCGAUCAUCGUGGACGCUUUUGUGGAGGUGAAGCAGGACAUCCACGACCAGAAGACGGAAAACUCCUUUCCCUUCGACUGCAUGGACAUGUUCAAGGACUGCUCCAAGUACUACACCACCCGGGGGUACCCGAACAGCCGCGAGGUGCUCGACGCCCUGAGCGAGGCGGACGAGCAGGACGAGAUCGCGCGGCGCAUUUACACGAAGGAGAAGAAAAAACACGAUCCGGAUUUUCACUACCCGGUCACCGCAAAGGACUUGGCUUCGUACAACCUGCGAUCCAUCGAAACGGAGGCGCAAGCGGUGGAGUUUCUAGUGCGGUACGGAAUAAAAACGCCGGAAAUCGUGUUUAGAACGAAGGUAGUAUUUGAGUGGGAGCUUUUUUUUUUCAGGUUGUGAGAUCGAUAGAUACUUAUUGCUUCUUUGCACUUGUUUCACUUUUCAAGUAUGGGAAUUUGCAGCGGGACGUAGAACUAGAACCAUUUUAUCUUGCUCGCUAUACAAUUACAAAAUAUCUAGCGUGCGUUUUGAACAAAACAAAAUCAGGGUCUCAUGGUAUUCAAGAAGCUCUCUGAAAUGGCGAAGCGCGACGCAGGAACGCUCUCCCCAGAGGCCCUUCAGGCCAUCUACGACGCCACGGACCAACGCGGGCAGCGCAAGCAGACCGGUGGC